ACGCUGUAUCUCAGUCUCGUGUCACACCCCCAGUCUGUGACUGUGAGCACAUAAAGCUGCGUUACAUCAUUUGACUUGAAUAGUUCACCGUAUUCACGGGUGAACAUACAGUUGGGUUACGACUUAAUACGACACGUUUGUCAUUUGGAAUUAAAAUACGUUUUGAAUGCGGAUACUUCAGGUGAAACCGACUGGAUAUUGCCGCCUUCUCCGUCAGAAUGAUUUAAAUAGCUACUUUAAGUAUAAAACGAAAGCUUUUUUCUUUUAAAACGAAAGGAACCCAUUUCAGUCACCUGUAACAUUUGACAGUAGAUGAAUCCUCUCACCCUGGACUAAAUCGAAUUAUUGGCACAUAUCUGAGAGGCCACAAGGGACAAUGUCUAAGACACAGAAAUCAGAGUCCAGGUCUCACUCUCAAUCGGCCUCCAGAUCAAGAUCCCAUUCUGAUUCCCGCUCACGCUCCAGAUCACGAAGCAGCUCUAGACCUAGAUCAAGGAAGCGCAGAUACGGCUCUAGGUCUCGCUCUCGGUCAAGAUCCCAUUCUCCGCCCCACAACCGGGAGCGGAACCACACGCGGGAGUACCAGAACCAACGGGAGUUUCGAGGCAACUAUAGAGGCUUCCGAAGGCCAUAUUACUUUCGGGGCAGAGGUCAGGGCUUUUUCCGUGGUCGCUUUCAGCGUGGUGGAAGGGGUGGAUAUUAUAACUACCAUCCCAAAAACUGGCAGAACUUCCGGCAGCACCAUCAGCAGCAACAGCAGCAGUACUACUCCAACAGCCCCAAGAGGGGCCGCUCGCGUUCACGCUCUCCCAAGAAGCAGUCAAACAGCCCGCAGUCCCGCAGCCAUUCCCGCCGCUCUGACAGGUCAUCCUCGGGGAGAUCGCCUCAGUCGCACCAUUCUUCCUCCUCCAACUCUGGGUCUGCCAAACGCAGUUGCAAAGAUGUAAGAGAGGACAUCUCUGUGCCUGAAGAAACCCGAGGAGGAAAUGGGGCUCUGGCAGAGCAGGUGGGAGGCUCUCCUGUGGCCAAAGGGAACUCUGAUAGAGACAGGGCUGUGGAGAAAUGUCAGGUUUUAACAAACCAUGACACUAGUCCUAAAAGGGCAAGUCCGCAGGUUUUCUCCACUGUCACUAAUGACCAACCCAUUGACUCUGCAACCAACGAGACAAGUCCUGCUCAUAAUGCUCCUAAUAAAGGUGCCACAACCUGGCAGAAUGUUGGAACUGCACCUUCAAACACCUGCCCCAUAAAGAAAAGCUUUACACCAGUUUUCAAUGGUUUUGGGCUCUUUACAAAUAUUGACCAACAGACAGAUGAUACAAUUGCUAUCUCCACUGCAUUUUUGAAAUUCCUGGAAGAGCAAAAGCUUAAAAAACAGGCUUCUGCAUGGGACGACACCACACAUAAAGGGAAAAGUAAUGGAGAUAUAGUAUGUGAUAAAGAAAAUGGAGAAAUGUUUGAAAAGGGCAUUGAGUUGUCUCGCACUGUAGAUCACGACAACGCAGGAGAGGAGAAAUCCAAAUCUGUCAAGAGUGGUGAUGGUAACAAGUUAUCCAUAAGCUCCAAUAAAAGGGGUUCACGAAACAGACUGACAUUUCAGUGCGAGGAUGAAGAAAUGGAGAUCUCUAAUAGGGUGAGGGAUAUGGAAAAUGAUCCCUGCAAAAGCAAAAGCAAAGUCACACUUUCUGCUCGUGAAAUGUUUGAGAAGCGUAUCAGGAGAAUGCAGGACAUGGCAUGGGACAAUGAGCUGGAAGCUCUCCUGCUCUGCCAUAAACAGGAAAGAGCAGCGAAUAUUCUAGCUGCUCUCUCUAAGAGAGACCAGCUCAGUGGCAUGUUUAAGGAUCCCUCACCUGAAAAGCUCUCUAAUGUUAACCGAAAGGAGAAAACCACGCUAAGUUCCUCUUCUAAACCCACACUGCUGCCCAGGAGGAGCUCUGAGAACCGUGAGCAAGAGAUGUUUGUGGUUAUGAAUGAGGAAUCCCCACCAAGCGCUUCAAUGAAAAGAAGUGAAUUCAGUGUGAGGAUGGAUUCUCUAAGUGAUGAUCUUGCAAGGACACCUGUUUUGACCAAUGAAAGAAGGAAUCUUCUGGAUUUUCUGCAUCUUGAUAAGAAGGAUUGGGAGUUUCAAUCUGUCCUUCAGCAUCUUCAGGCUCAGCAGUCACCCAAAAGUCCAUCUGAGCUGUUUGCCCAACACAUAGUUUCAAUUGUCCAUCACAUUAAAGCUCAAUAUUUUCCUUCCUCUGGAUUGACCCUAAAUGACCGAUUUGCCAUGUACCAGAGAAGAGCUGCUGAGAAAGAAGUCAUGAAGCAGAGAAAGAGUCCAGAGAUACACAGGAGAAUUGAUGUUUCUCCCAGUGCUUUUAAGAGGCACUCUCUUCUGUUUGAUGAGAUGAAAAGCUCCAUGGAAAACAGCUUCAAGGUUGAUGGUAAAAAAUCUAAAGGCGAUUCAAUGGACCUUCGGCUGGAUAUUGAGCGCAGAAAGAAAUACUUGAGUGGAGAGAGAGAGCACAGAGAUGAAGAGUACGGAGGAAGAGUAUCGAGGAAAUCUCCAGAUUCAAGCAAGGAAAUAUCCACUGAGAAAAUCUCAAAGAACCACAAAAAACCUAAGAAAAGCAAGAAGAAACGGGAGCAAUCUGAGACAUCUUCUUCAUCUUCCUCGUUUUCCACUGUUUACCAUGAAGAAGAGGCUGAGAUCAAGGCAAAAGGCUUCUCCAAAGUCCAACAGGGGCUUAGAGAGUAUGGAGAACCUGCAGAAAGAAGAUGGGCACGAGGAGGCUUUCAGCUUAGAUUACGUGGUAGAAGCUGGAACCGAGGAAAUUUCCAUGGAAGCAGUAAUGGUGAUUCACAGAUGAACAUGCCAGCAAAGAAUGAUGACUGGGAUCAAGAAUACACUCCCAAGAGCAAGAAAUACUUCCUACAGAGUGAAAGAGAUGGUGAAGCUGAGAAGAAGAUGAUUGAAACACGAGGGCGUGGUCGCGGCAAUGCUAUUCGCCCAAAGGGACGUUUUAUCCUCCGGAGGGCCACAAAUACCAACACCACCAAAAAUACGAGCCCUAAAUGGGCCCAUGAUAAAUUCCAGGCCACUGAUGAUGAUGAGGGCGAACAGCAAGGAGAAGAUGUAGAACAGGACCAGUGAGAACGGAGCAGUAAAGAUGUUCAAAUCCCUUAUCAUACUUUAAACCCUGGGAUAAGACUUGCUGGCCUUCACACUCUCAAGAAUGGAUAUAAUAUCAGCAUCCUUAUGCACCUGAAACUUUUUGAUAGGAAAGGGGCUUUUUUAUUGUAGUUUUCAUUUUCUAUUUUCAUGAGGAUGCUUUUGUCAGCUUGGUGGUGAUUUUUUUUGUUUUGUUUUUUGUACAUGCAAAUUCACACACUUUCAUAGAAAAACACAUUAUGUAGUUUAAACAAUUAUUUUAGGGGAGCACAUUCAUCUAAUCAUGACAAACACUGUUAAAGCCAUCAGCUCCAACUUCACAUUUAUUUUCUAUCCAUAAAUCUCUGGAGGAAUCUGCACUCCAUCUCAAAAUGUUCUGCCAUAUAUUUCAUUUUCGACUACCUCCAUUGCGAAUCCUGUCGAUUUUUUUGCACAAAACUUUUGAAACAUACAAAUUAAAUAUACGGCAGAAAAUAAAGUUAAUAUCUAAGUUUUGUAGUGAUAGACUGUUAAAUAAAAGGCAGGCCAAUUGAUCAGCUGACAUUUGACCAUUUUUAGAUUAUUAUUACAAUGAUUAUUGGAAGUGUGUAUCUCCCCACUUUUUCAGUUUCAAAUUUUACUGAUUACUGAUUAUUUGUGUGUGAAUUUUGAAUGUGUAAAAUACAGUACAAUUCAAUAUAAUACGAUACAUAUAUCGUUUAUUGGUCACUCUGCUUUCUAGAUGUUGAUAUCAAGCAUCAAAAAUCCAUUUCAGUCGACCACUAGUUCAAAGGUUAGGUGUUUUUGAUGUACCAUAGUGCCUGAAGUGUAGAAUACCAGUAUAGAACUAUAUCUGGUUAUGUACUCAUUGUUGCUGUUGAAAAAGAUAAAAAAUAAAAAAAUAGAUGUACAUAUUAAUGUUUUGUGGAUUUGAUUGAAACUCUGUCUACCUAUAGAAACAAAGAUCAUGACUUAAUGACUUGUAUGAAUGAUCCAGUCUCGAUAUGGGACCAAACUACAGCAGGUAGACAAACAUGUCGCGGUGAAUGACAUGUGGGGAAAAAGAUUUACAUUCAUCCAACUGCUAGUCAAAAGAUGUCAAUUUUGAAACUGGACAAACAGCUUAUAGAGAAAGUUCAAAAUACAUGCACUUACAAAUGUUUUGAAGACUGCUAGCAAAUUUUUUGUUUAUUGAGGUGCAAGUUUUUGACAAUAAAUGUGUGCAAUGUGCAUACUGUUUUAUUAUGGUUUUUCUAAAGUGUGUCUUGCCUUUAAAUUGUAUGCCUAUUUAUAUUGGCUAAGCACCUUCUUUAGAUAUAGUAAUCAUUUUGUCACUUAGAUAUUAAUAAAAAGGUUAUUUUUAGUUUUGGGGAAUUUGAUUUUGAAGAGUUAAAGUAAAAAAAAACUUGGGAAACGUGAAUAAUUUACAUUCAUACUCAAUAUUGGAUUUUAGCUGUCUGGGUUCUGAUUUGCACUGUGUCUGAUAUAUACAUUUUGACUUGCAUUUAUAUACUCACAAUCAGAAAGAAUUAAAAAAAAAUGCAGCAAUGUU